GGGAACGCUAGUGGGAGCGGGCGGCCGGCGAGCGGCGAGGCGCCUGCGCGGUGUCCGGGCCCCUGAGCCCGCGGCGCUGAGACAGCCGGGACGGACAUGCGCGGGAGGGCGCCGUGGGGCAGCCGCGGUUUCGCUGGGUCUCGGCGACGACGGUCAUCCCCAGUCGGUGUUCUUAAUUCAUCCGAGCAGCCCCGCGCCCUCCUCCUCCCCCUGCUCCUCCUCCUCCUCCUCCUCCCAGGAACGUGAUUCUUUGCUGUGAAGGUCCUAAAUGCUGCCUCAAACGGGAAGGAACUGUAGAAUUCUGUGUUCGAAACGAGAACACUUAUUGGACAUUCAUUUGUUGUGUGUGGAAUGAAAACCACUGGCUGACCACACAUCCCUCCCUGGGCUUCACGAGUUUGAAGACUUCCCAGAAUAAGGCACAAUGUCCAUGGCCGGAGUCGCUGCUCAGGAGAUCAGAGUCCCGUUAAAAACUGGGUUUCUUCACAAUGGCCAAGCCCUGGGGAGCCUGAAGGCCUGCUGGGGGGGCCGCGGCGAGUUUGAGAAGUGUCCGUCCUUUCCUUUCAGCGGCUUUUUGAACAUCGACCCCAUAACCAUGGCCUACAGUCUGAACUCGACGGCGCAGGAGCACCUAACAUCCAUAGGGCGCGCUUCCAGGUCGGCUCCGAUGAAUGGGAGCCACUUUCCAGAGCACGGCCCCUCCGCCAAGUCCCGCCUGGCCCCUCUCAUCAUCCCCCCGAGUGAAGGCUGGGGGCAGCAGGAGGACCGGGUGGCGUGUGGGUUGAAGAAGCUGGCAGUGAACGGGGUCUGUGCCUCCACGCCCCCGCUCACCCCCAUCAAGACGCCCCCGCCCCUCUUCCCUGGCGUGGCUCCCUGCGAGCGGGGCUCCAGGCCCCUGCCGCCGCUGCCCAUCUCCGAGGACCUCUCCCUGGACGAGACGGACUGCGAGGUCGAGUUCCUGACCAGCUCGGACACGGACUUCCUUCUAGAAGACUGCGCGCUCUCCGACUUCAGACCCGACGGCCCCGGCAGACGCAGCUUCCGAGGGUGCGGACAGAUCAACUAUGCGUAUUUCGACACCCCGGCCGUCUCGGCCGCGGAUCUCAGCCAGGCGCACGACCAGGCUGCCGGGGGGACGAGUGCCAACCCCCCUCCGUCCCAGGCCCACCGGAGACUGAGGCGGUCUCACUCGGGCCCCGCAGGGUCCUUUAACAAGCCGGCCAUCAGGAUCUCCAGCUACGUGCACAGGGCUUCUCCCAACUCCGACGACGACAAGCCCGAGGUGCCCCCCCGGGUCCCCAUCCCUCCCCGGCCGGCCAAGCCGGACUACAGAAGGUGGUCGGCCGAAGUCACUUCCAGCACCUACAGCGACGAGGACAGGCCCCCCAAAGUCCCGCCGAGAGAACCCUUGUCCCGGAGUAACUCCCGCACCCCGAGCCCCAAAAGUCUCCCGUCUUACCUCAACGGGGUCAUGCCCCCCACGCAGAGCUUUGCCCCCGACCCCAAGUACGUGAGCAGCAAAGCCCUGCAGAGACAGCACAGCGAGGGGGCCGCCGGUAAGGUCCCCUGCAUCCUGCCCAUCAUUGAAAACGGGAAGAAAGUGAGCUCAACGCAUUAUUACCUGCUCCCUGAGAGGCCACCCUACCUGGACAAAUAUGAAAAGUUUUUUAGGGAAGCAGAAGAGACACACGCGAGCACCCCCAUCCAGCCCCUCCCUGCCGAUGGCGGUGUCUUUUCGGCCCCAGAAAAGCUGGACUCGAAACCAAGAGUGGAUCUGGCAGGCCACGCGAAGCGCAGACAUUUCUCCUACGUGGUUUCCCCUUAGACCCUGGGUCCUGGCUCAGCAGAGGUGCCACAGCAGCCAGCAGUUCUCCUGCCGUUCUCCAGCCUGAUGGCGGUUCACAGGAAGACGGCGCAGGUCGCAGGGUCAGAGACUCGAACUGUCUGUCUGAAAGAGAAGGGUUUAGAGGGUCGUGAGGUGCUGCCAUGCUGAGCAUCCCUGACCGUGUUAGCGGCGGAGAAAAGUCUGCUCAAGUCUGUGAUUUAAAGAUGUGAUGAGGGAAGGAAGGAUGGGGACAUUUCUGUACGUGCGCACGUUACGCACCCGUACCUACACUUGUGGUAAAAUCGUAGAUCCUAGUUGCAAGUUAACCACGUAGUUGCUAUCUUAGAGUAAUAUAUAUUUAGAAUGAUAAAAACUAAAGCUGGAGGAUGGCUCCUGAUAGACUGAAAACUGAGCAGAUGGAAGAGAAUACAGAAUACAGUAUCGUUUAGAUCAAAAUCAUUAAAAAACACACACACAAAAAACCAACUAUUUCUGCUUACUAAGUUUGAGGAUUUCUGGCUCUGAGGCCUGUUCUGUUUUGCCUCAUUCAUUUUUGCAACAGUUUUUCCAUGGAGGGCAGGCCAUUCGUUCUUUCCGUGACUUAACCUGCCUCGUUCAAGUCAUCCCAAGAGCUAAAUCCUUUAGGUCUUGCUUUCUGGUCUGUUGAGGGGAGGGAUGGCCACAUAUUUGGUACUGUAUUCUCACCUGUCCAUGUCUCACAUCUUGAAAAAUGGGAAGGUAACAGAAUUAGUCAAUCAUUUUUCCUUACCAUGCCUGCUGUAUUCUACACCCCCCCCCAACCCCCGAAACACAGGGCGCUCGGGGGAAAACAAACUAAACUCUUCGCCAGUGCUGAGGAUGUCAGUUGAAGCAAUAAUGAAACAGCAAUGUGCUUGAGAGGAUCUGUGUGGGGACGUGUGUCGUGGUUUUUUUGUUUGUUUGUUUCUUGUUUUUUUGUCUUGGGUUUUUUCCCUCCCCUUUUUUAGACUGUAUAAAUAAACGAAUACAACACAAGCUGGCCUUGUGUUGCUGGUUCCUCUUCAGUAUUUCCUGGGGAUUGUUUGCUUUUUAAGUAAAACACUUCUGACCAACAGCCCAGUAUGUCUUAAGAGCAGAGGUCACCUCAGCACCUGCUGUGGAAACUCUCACAGUCCGCUGCUCCGCUCGGAUUCGCUGAGACACAGAGCUCACGUUCCCAUUUUCACAAGCUUCGCUGUAUUUAUCUUGUGUAGAGCCGCACAAAGGAGAUGGUGCUCAGUAACAGAAGUACCUUACUGCGAUGUUCUUCAUAUUAAACAAGCUGUUUACAGUUUAAACUGCUGAGUGAUGUUAUUUGAGCUAUUUAAAGCUUAUAUUUUAGUAUGAACUAAAUGAAGGUUAAAACAUGCUUUAGAAAAAUGCACUGAUUUCUGCAUUUAUGUGUACAGUAUUGGACAAAGGAUUUUAUUCAUUUCUGUUGCAUUAUUUUGAAUAUUGUCUUUUCAUUUUAAUAAAGUUAUAAUACUUAUUUAUGA